CAGUUUCAACCCCUGCCCAGCCCCAGGAGGCUGCCCUGUGGGCGCCGCCGCCCCUUCCUGGACCCGGACACCAGACCCAAGACGGGAGGAUCGGCCAUGGCCCGGCUCCUGGGCCCUGUGCUGUGCGGGGCGCUGCUAGGCUUGGUCCGCCUGCCUGCCCCUGGCGCGGCGGUGGAGGUGCAGGUGCCCGCAGAGCCCUUGAGCGCGCCUGCGGGCCAGACUGCCGAGCUGACCUGCAGCUACCGCACAUCGGUGACAGACAGCUUCGCCCUGGAGUGGAGCUUUGUGCAGCCUGGGAAGCCCUUCUCUGCGUCCCUUCCCAUCCUGUACUUCACCAAUGGACAUCUGUAUCCAACCGGUUCUAAAGCAAAGCGGGCCAGCCUGCUUCAGAACCCCCCCACGGGAGGAGUGGCCACCCUGAAACUGACUGACGUGAGCCCCUCAGAUACUGGAACCUACCUCUGCCAAGUUAACAACCCUCCAGAUUUCUACACCAAUGGGAUGGGGCUGAUCAACUUCACUGUGCUGGUGCCCCCCAGCAGCCCCUCGUGCAGUCAGACCGGUCAGAUCUCUGUGGGGGGAUCUGCUAUACUGAGGUGCAGCUCUUCCGAAGGAGCCCCCAGGCCAGUGUACAACUGGGUCCGCCUCGGGUCUUCUCCUACACCUUCUCCUGGCAGCGUGGUGCAAGAUGAGGUGACUGGCCAGCUCAUUCUCAGCAACCUCUCCCUGGCCUCCUCAGGCACCUACCGCUGUGUGGCCACCAACCAGAUGGGCAGCGCAGCCUGUGAACUCAGUUUCUCUGUGACUGACCCUUCCCAAGGCCGCGUGGCUGGGGCUGUGAUUGGGGUGCUCCUGGGAGUGCUGUUCCUGUCCAUUGCUGUGUUCUGCCUAAUAAGAUUCCAGAAAGAGAGGAGGAAGAGGCCUAAGGAGACAUACAGGGGUAGUGACCUCCGAGAGGAUGCCAUCGCUCCGGGGAUUUCUGAACAAACUCCUGUGAGGGCAGAUUCUAACAGUGGGCUCCUGGAGAAGCCCCUCUCUGCCAGCACUAUGAAGACCACUAAGUCCCAGCUCCCCGUGGCUGUCUGAUUGCCCUCCCCUUCACUGAGUGGGAAUACCUACAAUUAAAGCCUCUGGGUACCA